CCUCCUUCUAUAAACCUCUUCCCUUUCCCCAUCUUCUCCUCCGCCACUAAUACGUACCUCUCGAAUUGCCUCCCAACCUCUGAAGCUCUUGCCAUUUAUCAAUCAAGAUCGGCUAUGGUGUGUAUGUACGAGGCAAUAAGCUAAUCCAUUCCAUGUCUCCGGUUCUGAGCGAAGUCCUCCGCUCCGGUUUUAUGGUCAACUCCACCCUCCGCCGCCGCACCCACCUCGUCCAGUCCUUCUCCGUCGUCUUCCUCUACUGGUUCUACGUUUUCUCAUGAACUGACCCUCACCCAACAAACCCUCCAUUCAUCUCGAUUGAACGAUCGUAAUCCUUCUUCUGUAACGCGAUUAGGUGUUUUUAGUUUGAUCUAGGGUUCAGUUGUUCUUUGUUGUUCUUGUUCUCCCAUGGCGUCUUACUCGAGCGCGUCAGUCAGCGCUAAGAGUCAGAACUCGGGCAGCUCAGGCAACUCGGAGCGGCAGCUCACCAUGGAACAAAGGAAGCGGAAGCGCAUGGUCUCGAACCGCGAGUCGGCCCGCCGGUCGAGGAUGAGGAAGCAGAAGCACCUCAAUGAUUUGACAGCGGAGCUGGCAUCCCUCCGUGCUGAGAACGGCAAGCUCAUGGCUGCCGUCGGGACCACCGUCCAGCUCUACCUCACCGUGGAGGCAGAGAACUCGGUGCUCCAGGCCCAGGUGGCCGAGUUGACCCGCCGGCUUGAGUCCCUCGACCAGAUAGUUGGUUGCAUCAACUCAGUGAUCUAUUUCCCAGAGGAAGAUGAUGACAUCGGCGGUGCCGGAAGCAUCGCGGUGAACAACAACAGUCUGUGGACCGACUCCUUCCUGGCAACCCAGCCUAUCAUGGCCCCUGCUGACAUAUUGAUGUACUAGCUAGAAUUGAGCUAGCACGUCCGAGUGGAAUGGAAUGAAAUGUUAAUGAAGCAGUUGAAUUAAUCGAUAAAAAAAAAUUUCAGAUAAAAGAAAACAUUUGUCACUAAUCAUCUGAGGACAUUGCUAGUGAUGUUUUGUCUUGAUCAUGUAUUUUUUUAGUUUUGUGUUGUGAAUUAGGUAUGAAGAUUUCCACAAUUGCACCCUGUUGCUAGUCUUUCUGUAUGCUUUUACGUCCCGAUGCAUGAAUCUAUGCCGACCUGAAGGCUACUUGAUUCCUUA